CUAAACUGGAAAGAACAGUAGUGAAAUAAUCUGUCACUAAAAACAAACCAUAAAUGACUACGAAAACAUUAUCGCGAAGUAAAAAACUUCGUUCAAAAGAUGAAAUUGUACAAGAAAUCGUUCCUCAAGUACACAAACCGACUCGAAGAGAUACAAGUUCAGAUCGAGAUACCCAAAGAACUGAUUAUUCAGAAGAAAGUUUAGAAUCGAAUAAGAAUUAUUUAACGGAAGAUAAAAACGAAAAUUAUACAUCAAGUAAAGAAUUAACGGAUUCAGAAACACAUAAAAAUUCGAAUAAAACUGAUUCGGAUAGUAAGAAAGAUUCAAAUAAGCAUUCUCAUUUUACUGAUUCAAGACCACAAAGUUUGAGUUUUUAUGAAGAUGAAAAAAUACCUGAGGAACUUUCUGGUAAUUUAGAAUUGUUAAGUCCAGAAGAAAAAAAACAUUAUAAAAGAAGGAAUGAUGAGAGAAAUAUUUAUAAUAGUAUUCAAGAUAUUUAUGGAAGAGAUGGUGACGAAAUUAUACCUGGGCAAUUUAAAAAAUCAAAAUCUCGUAAGAAAAAACACGAAUGCGAACAGGGAAUGGGUGAUAGUAGGGAGUUGAUGAUACCUAAAGAAAAGAAAAAAAGUAAAAAGAAAAAACGGGAAAACUCCCCGAUAAAUUCGUCUAAGAAAAAGCAUCGAAAACGAGAUGAAGAGUAUGAACCAAAAACUGAAAUUACUUUAGCUUUGGAGGAGCUUCAAGAUGAUGUUUUUGAAAAUAACAUUGAAGAUUUUAUUCGACAUGAAAAAGUGAGAAAAAGUCCAAGAAAAUCAGAAAAAAUGUACAUACAAAAAAAGAAUAGAUUUGAACCGGCUAAUAAAACUAGUUUAUUGAGGCCAAAUAUUGAACAAAACGAUUCAAAUCAAAGACAUGAAGAUAGACCAAUAGAAAUCGCUCAAAACAUCCAGAAACGUUGGAUGCCAUUUACAACAUUUUGUCAUGGUUUACUAGGCGGAUUAGCAUUUGCCCAUUUUGCGUACAUACACAGCAACAGAAACUCAAACGAUUCUAAAUACAUUAUUCAUUAUAGCAAUUAUAGCGAUAUUUAUACUUGUACUUUUUAUCUUUUAUGCACAAUUUGCUUAAUUUCAGUUUUUGAUAGAUACGAUAUCGCUAACAUUAGCAAAGUUAAUUUUAAAGAGUUGAUAAAGCAUCGAAAAAGUUGUGCUGUUGUUAUUUUGUACGUAACGACAAUGUUGGUUCAUUUAUUUGCAGCGAAAGUUGACGAUAAAAUGUCUUUGAUUAAAUAUGCUAAUAUCACGGAGUUAAAUAUGACGCCUGGUGAAAUUUCGGAAUGGUACAACUUGUCAUUAGGAAGAGCGAUUUUUGCUUUCAUAUCUUGGAUAGUUGUUUCGAUGGUUUCAACUGAAGAUAGUCUUUCGAUUCAUCUAAAAGAGUCAUUUUAAACAUAUCAAAAACGAAGAAUUCUAAGAUUUCUAUAAUAUUUAUGGCCUCCAUGUUAUUAAAUGUUAAAGUUACUAAUAAAGAUUUAACUUCAAAAAUUAA